AAUAGCUAUCCAAAAUAUCAAUCGGGAUUUAUGGUUUUUAUUAUGUAGUAUUUCCAUCGCUGCUUGUCACUGUUGUUCAUGUAUUUUAUUUAAAUACUGGAUUUGAGUUGAAGAAAUUUGAGAAUGGCUAAUGCAGACUUUAGAAAGGACGGUACUAUACCUGUGCGCCCCAGGAGUGUCUAUACGGCACAUUCGUACAAUCAGGAUGAGUCCAACCUGUCCGUGUUCCAAGACUACAGCAAGUUCUUGGAAGGGGGCCUGGGACAGGCGGAGCUGGUGGGGGCGGCGGGCUGGCAGCCGCCGUGGCGUGCGCCUCUGCAGCGGAACAAAGCACCGUUCUACCCUGGAGACGACAUCUACCAUGCUGACACUUGGCGAGAGCUCGAGGUGACGGAGGUCGGAGGAGCCGGGUACAAUGGUUCGGUGACGCCCCACGGCACCAUUUGUCUGCGGCUAAGAGACAGAGUCAAGGUGGACAUGACGAUUGACGGCGCUGUUCGAGUGACCAACGCCAAGAACAACAUCAUACUGGCGCUGUCGAGGUCGGGUGCGGCAGCAGCGCUCAUCCACCCCAACGGACGAGUGUACCACUACGGGUCUCGCGUCGAGAUACAGGCCUGCCACUUGCAGGGCAAUAACAAAUACGCGAAGAUGUGGUACAAGGGCGUGUCGUUCACGGCGGAGCAGUGCGCGCUGGUGUACCUGGUGGACGCGGCCGGCACGCGCACCACCACCGACACGUUCCUCGACAUGAGCCAGGACUUCACUCUCAACGUGUUCUACAACGAGUCGCGGCACGGGCCGUCGUACGUGAACGAGGCGCUGUCGCUCCUGGAGACCACGCAGUACUGGCUCACCGACGACGGCAUCGACAACUGGAUCAUCAACAACGUGCGCGUCAGCCAGACCGCUGAUGGACUUGUCAGGAUCCACCGUUGCAGCCACAAGUACCAGCUGCGCACGAGCCCAACAAACGGCUCCGCAUCGAUCACCAGCCCCUUCCUGCACUGCACCGCUUCUCUGGGGCAGACUCAGCAUCUUUUCGUACGGCGCGGCGAAAGGCGCAUGCACUUCGACGGCAACUCGUUCAUCGUGCGCAACGCGGGGCACUCCGCCGGCUUCGACGACAAGAACCAGCUGAAGGUGUACUGACCGCGCCGCCGGCCGCCCGACCGCCCGACCGACCGCCCGCUCCGAUGUUGUACAGAUCGAUUGAUUCCCCGACGAACUAUCUAACCGACCUGUUUACUAAUUACAAUUAUACCAAUCGUUUAAUUUUGUUCUAAUCGCGAAACACAUUGGACAAGUCAAAGGCCAAAUUAGCAUUUCUAUUGAUCAUUGUUUUUAAUUCGUGGAACUUAGUGUGUAAAGCUUGCUGAUAGUUUAUAUCAUCACUUUCAUUUUGAAUACCAUUUUACGGCACUGCUAAGCUCACGUUUUUUAUGUCGGGUACAUGAGUAUAGGUACCUACAGUCCAGUCAUAGUGAUUAAGAUUACAGUUUCAUGAUUCUGUGAUAUAACGUGCAAGAUCUUCAAUGAACUCCUCAGUCAACUUUAAUAUUUUAUAAACAUUUUGCGUACGGUAGACAGAGAACGUGUUAUUACAUUUGUCAACGUUGUAUAGUCAGCGCCGAAAAUAAUACUAUUUACUUAUCAUUUUUAUUUUGAUACGAACUUUAUCUCUAUUAUACUGAACUAAACCCCUCUUACUUGCUUAUUUUUUGUUAUUAUUACAUAAGUGUCCGUUUAGUAAUUAUUACACUUGCCCACAUUCAUCGAACAUUCUUUACAUUUAUUUCUCUGGAUAGGUCUCAUAUUGUUUUCAUUGAUUCGAUAGGGAUUUAUAAAAUAUUAUAACAAUCCAAAAACAUUUUUUAUACUGGAUUGUUGAAAUGUAAAAAUUAUAUCUCUAAUAUAACAUAGACUUCCGUGGUAAUAGACCGCUUCAGUGGAGUUAUGCAAUCGUAAUUGCAUAUAGAAAUGAGCUUAGCAGUAUUUUGUAAAGCAGAUAUCAAUUUCCUCAUGAACAUAAUUAUUCGGAUUAUCUACCUAUAUUGCGCUUGUCCCAUCUGUUUCUUUUCUUGAAAGUUCAAAGUAAUUAUAUUAUGAGUUAAUAAAUAAUUAUAAUAAUGAAA